AUGACUAAACAAAAAACGGCAUUAAUUUCAAUGUUUGCCGCAGUCGGUCACGUCAACGCUUGUGUAGCAGUGGGACAGCGGCUAUUGGACAGCGGUAUCUAUCGGGUAGUAUUUGCCAUCAGUGAACAUAUGAAAGGUAAACUGGAGGCGUAUGGUUUCGAGGAGGCGCUCAUCGCUGAAGAUAAACCCCAACAUAAAGAUGCGGCAAAAUUUUUAGCUAACAUUUUGCUUAGUAGUGGUAUACUUAAGGAUCAGACACCGUUAGAAAUGUUAAAAUAUCGUAAAUCGGAUCCAAUGAAUAGAGUCGAGUUGUAUAAGAAGUUGGAUAAUGAUAUUGUUUCAGUGAUCAGUGAUGUCAAACCCGAUGUCAUUUUGAUGGACCAUUUUUUCUGUGUCCCAUCAGUCGAGUUGUCCGGCAUACCAGUGGUUUGGAUAUGGAGUGGUAUACCAUUGUUUUUGAAUGAUGAUGAGCGACUACCACCCGGUGCUUCAGGUUAUUCAGUUAAUGGCAAUAGAGAUGAAUGGAAAGUCUAUAGAAAAUUGAUGAAUAAUGCAAACAUGAGUUUAUGGAAUCAAUGGAACAACUAUAUCGUUUCGAGAGGCUGUCCACCGCUCAGGGAUAACAGUUUUUCGACAACUCAUAAAUGGCUUACAAUCUAUGGCUAUCCAAAAGAGUUAGACUAUACAGAUAUUGCACCGAUGGCUAAAAAUUACAUACAAUUUGAUAAUCUUAUGCGACAUGAAAACAAUAGUAUUGAAAAAUUUGAAAUACCAGAACAAUUGAAGGAUAAACCGGGAAAACUUAUAUACUUUUCGAUGGGAUCUAUGGGUGCCGUGAAUGUAGAAAAUAUGAAACGUUUGUGCGCUAUAUUAGCUAAAUCUAAACAUAGAUUUAUUGUAUCAAAAGGACCCAAACAUGACGAAUACGAUCUGCCGGACAAUAUGUGGGGUCAGUCAACACUACCACAGGUAUCGGUGUUGCCAUUAGUCGAUUUGGUCAUAACUCACGGCGGAAACAAUACGACUACCGAAACGUUUAGUUACGGCAAACCUAUGAUUGUGUUACCACUGUUUGCCGAUCAGUUCGAUAACGCACAGAGACUUCAGGACAAGGGUUUAGGUAUCCGUUUGAAUGCAUAUAAGUGUACGGAUGAGGAACUGUUGACUGCCAUUGAAAAGCUAUUGAAUGACAACGAGUUGAACGAAAAGUUGCAGAAAAUUUCAAAACGAAUCCAAUCUGAGGAUAAUUUACAAAAUUUUCCCAAAAUUCUGGAUAAUUAUCUAAAAGAUCCGACGAUUUAUUUACAAUAA